CAGCUGUGACUGCGUGCUCUGUUUCCUCUUGGAUAGUGACGUAUAUACGGUGCUCUCAGUCAGCGUGGCUGCGCCAGCGGGACAGGACAGGCGUUUGGCGUUCUGCGGUGAACAUUUCUCAAACGGCUAAAAUGUCUUUCAGCGGACGCCUCGCACUCGUGACGGGUGGCGCAAGUGGCAUCGGAGCAGCCGUCUGCCGCAUGCUGGCUGCCGAAGGUGUGACCAUCGUGGUCGCCGACAAGCAGCUGGAGGCUGCACGCCAAGUGGCCGAGUCCCUGCCAGGCGACGCCAAGCACCAAGCCAUCUACGUGGAUGUCAGCGACACGUCGUCGGUGGAGCACCUAUUCAACUGCAUCAGGGACUCGUAUUCUCAGCCGCUCAGCAUAGUCGUAAACUGCGCCGGCAUUCUCCCUAUGGCGCCUCUCGUCGACACCACUGUUGAGCUCUUCGACAAUGUCAUCAGAGUCAACUUGAGGGGUACCUUCCUGAUCAACCGAGCCGCCGCCCGAGAGAUGGUACGCUCAGAAAAGGCAUUGCCUGAAGGAGGCGCUGCUAUCGUUAACGUGGCCAGCAUCUCAGCCAAAGGCGGUGGUUUUUACUGCAGCGCGUACGCCGCUUCUAAAGCCGGCGUCGUGGCUCUGACGAAGUCGGCGGCUCAAGAGCUGGCGAAACACGGCAUCCGCUGCAACGUGGUGCUUCCCGGUUGGACGGACACGCCCAUGACGGCUCCAGUAAUCGAAAGGCACCGAAACAUCGCCGUAUCCAUGACGCCCCUUAGGAGGGGAGCCGUGCCAGAGGAGAUUGCCGAAGCCAUCAAAUUUCUGUGCUCGCCCACAGCCAGCUCAUUUGUGACGGGCGCCGCAUUAGAAGUGAGCGGAGGACUCAACAUGUGAACCAACGAUAAUUCCACAUCAGUGGAGUGAACGUUAUCGGCUUAUAAGCAAGGUUUACUACAGAUCAUCCAGCUCCGGUAUCGGCCAAUAAAGCAGAACUAGGAGCGAAAUAGAAAUGUUGGCAUAUCCUGUAGUUUAUAAGAAGCAAGCAGGUAAAGAAUUCUAAAAUAUUAUUUCAAGCCACUUUCCUACUAUUACGUAAUAAAUAUU